CAGAAGACUUCUCAAACAAUUGAACAGAAGGUGCAAAAUGGCUACGUUGCUUCAUAAGUUAUUUCUUAUUUCAGGACUUCUGUCUUUGUUUCAUGCCGCAUAUUCAGCUGCUCAACAUCGUUCAUACCUAAGGAUUACGGAACAGAAAUUUGUUUCUCUACCAAUUGAUAUUCUGACACAAGGCAUAGUGAGUCUGUUUGUGGCCAUGUAUGGGAUCAUGUACAUUGCUGGAGACUUCAAGGAAAUAAGAGCAACAGUAGAUUUGGAAAAUAAAUCCUGGGAAACUGUAAGGAACAUCCCUUCUUUCUAUAUAUUCAACCACAGGGGCAAAGCGUUGUCGCCAAACUACAUUCCACCCACACAAAAAUCAUCUUUGGAGGAAAAUGAUUCAUAGCACUUGUUUGUUCCUGGUGGAAAUGUGAAUGUAAACUGUCUUAAUGGAUUGUUAUAUUAAGUUUGGAAAAGAGAUUUCUACAUAAAGUUGAUUCUUUUAUUAGGUAAUUGCUUAAAUUAAAAUUCCAAAUAAUCUGUUAACUGUCAUUUGUUGUGUAUAAUGUAUAAGGACAAAUUCCCAUAAGUAGUUUCUUGGAUGUAUUUAAUAUUAUGUUAAUAGAAAAUAUUUUGAAUGUAUUGAAUUGCUUCUCAAUAAUGUGUACAAUUAAAAGGACCAUGUCUCUUUCAACACAGCAAAAUGGUGAAAUACCACAAUGAAAAAUUUAAAUCCAGAAACACUUGGCUGAUGGUACCUUACAGUAGAGUUCUAAACGGAAUGUGCAGAGUUAAUGUAUAUUAAAUUAAGGUGAACAUCAUGCUCUGAUAUGCGCCUUUUUAGCUUUAACGUUUUUUUUUAUAACGGUCUUACCCACGUAGCCUAAGUAUACUGACACCCUGAUCAGUGUUUAGUAGUAAUGUUUCGCUCUACACAGUUACGAAAAUGUGAAUGUAUUUUUAUGGUUCGCUUUAAUGUUAAAUAAAGGUUGUGAACAUUAUAAACAUGCGGAGAUAUGUAAGAAUGUGAUAUAGAUCUACUCUUAAUGCUUCAUACACAAAUCAUUAUUUUAGGAAUUGUGCUUUGGUGCAAAGGUUCCCAACCAUUGGUUUGCAAAACAGCAGACUCCAAACUCUCUGGUUAUUUGACACAUCAUCUUAUGGGAAGGAUGAGAUGCUAGUGAACAAGUCUGCAGUACUGAUAUCGUUGUUUAUGAGGGACAGCAAACAUUUCAGGUCAUGUCUGAACUACCUGUGGGUUACAAGAAGUUUAAAAAAAUGCCAAGAAGAUGAGAAAAGCAUCAAAAUAAUCACCAUACAUAAUGUAUUUGAGUAAGUAAUUGCUGUACCAAGCAUUAACGUUUGAAAUGGUCUUAUAUUUGAGACACGUUUUAAAAGUUUCAUCAUAUGCUAUCAAGUAUAAAAUGACAGUUUAAUUCACCUUACAUUGGACAUACAGCUCUUCAUUACUGGACCACAUAUGCUCUUUGUUAUGCAAGUUCUUAAGCCCACAGAUACGGAUAAAAAUAAAAAGAAGAGAGUCUCCAGCUUGUGAUACAGACUUUGCUGAUUUGCAUGUUCAGGAAGGUUGGGAACCAUUUUUAAUGAUCUUAGCAAGUGCUUUUGAAAUAGGCAAAUAUAAAGGAAUUUUUGCUAAACUUUUGUUAUACUGUCAAUUAAAUGGAACCACAGAUGAUGUUGAAAUUAAACUGUUUUAUUAGAAAUGUGGUUCUCCUUAUAAAGAAAAAUUUUGUUGUGCACUAUGCUAAUAAAACAGUCUAUUCCAAUG